CAUGAAGACGCCUUCAAUUUUCCCUUCUGCGAUGGACGUCGUCUUCUUUGGCGACGACGCGAGCUCGGACGACGAGUCGACGCUGGCCGCCGAAGCCGACCUUGUUGUGACCACCACCAUCAUCGCCUCGGACGCAUGUUUUGUGCAGUACAAGGGCGUCUACUGCAACCGUGACGUCGCCGUGCAGUUGGCGUACACUGCGCCGCAAGUCGACGCGCUUCGGAACGAGCUUUACAUUCGAUCACGGUUCUCGUCGCCACACUUCGUCGAGUUGCUCGACGUGCGCCACAACGACUCGCCGCGACCUGUUGCCAUCUUUGAGUACAUGGAUCGAGGCUCCGUUCGCGACUACCUGGAGGUACCUGCCAACAAGCUCACAGCGCGCUUCACGCUGGCCGUUGCGAACGCUGUGGCCCGCGCGCUGCUGGACCUGCACAGUCAUGAGAUCCUCCACGGCGACAUCAAGGCUGCAAAUGUCCUCCUCGCUUCGGAUGGGGCCAUUAAGAUUGGCUAUUUGGGCCUCGCACAGGUUGUGGACGAGGCGACGCCGAGGGCGCUCGGCACCGGGACGCUGUGUUGGAUGGCGCCCGAGGUCUUCGAAGACACAAGCUACAGCUUCCCUGCCGACAUCUACUCGUACGGCAUGUUUCUAACUGAGCUCGACACGCGCCACAAGCCGUAUGCAGACAUGCGUCUCCAUGUGUGGGACGUCGUCGCGGGCGUACGUAGCGGAGCGCUUCGCCCGAUGCUUCAGCCAGACUGCCGGCCGUGGCUGCGCGACCUGGCGACCGCCUGCCUGGCUUCGGACCCACAAGCGCGACCAACGGCCAAGGACGUUGUAGCUAUCCUGCAGGAGCUUGCGCUGGAGGCUCCGUAAGCGCUCGAAUAAAGCUGUCAUGGUCAGAUUCUGGCCUUUCUACAUGCA